AUGUGUAGAUUGAGGUGUAGCCAGAGGGGUUCUUGGUGUUGCCAGAGGGCAGGGGCCAGGGUUGGGCCAGACCAGUCCAUCUCCAUAGCCCCACGGCCAGAUAGAUUCCUGGGAAACCAGUCAACCCACUUCCCCCUGGAUCUCUGGGGCUCCACAGCUAUUCAGGCCCUCCAGGCCCCCACCCUGGCUCUCUGCCUCUCUGGGGUUCCACAGCUAUUCAGGCCCUCCCCCACCCCGGCUCUCUGCCUCUCUGAGGUUCCACAGCUAUUCAGGCCCUCCCCCACCCUGGCUCUCUGCCUCUCUGGGGUUCCACAGCUAUUCAGGCCCUCCCCCACCCCGGCUCUCUGCCUCUCUGGGGUUCCACAGCUAAUCAGGCCCUCCCCCACCCUGGCUCUCUGCCUCUCUGGGGUUCCACAGCUAUUCAGGCCCUCCCCCACCCCGGCUCUCUGCCUCUCUUGGGUUCCACAGCUAUUCAGGCCCUCCCCCACCCUGGCUCUCUGCCUCUCUGGGGUUCCACAGCUAUUCAGGCCCUCCCCCACCCCGGCUCUCUGCCUCUCUGGGGUUCCACAGCUAUUCAGGCCCUCCCCCACCCUGGCUCUCUGCCUCUCUGGGGUUCCACAGCUAUUCAGGCCCUCCAGGCCCCCACCCUGGCUCGGCUAGGGCCCAUCAAAGAAACCAACCUACCCAGCCCCCCACUGACUUUGCCCCACUAAAUGACAGUCACUGACCCCUCCCCAGGCUCUUCUACACUGGUUCUGGUGUGGCUUUACAGAGAAAUCAACCAACCUAUUCCCCUCCUGGCAACCAGGUCUCCACAGCUACACUGGCCCUCAAGGCCCCCACCCUAUCAGAGAAGGCAACUGACCAGCCCAGGCCCCUCCUCUGGCUCUUCCCCCCGGGGCUCUCCUUGGUUCUGUUUGGCUCCAACAGAGAACCAAACCCGGGCCCCCAUCUAGCCACAGCCUUGACGUUCCAGUAUAUUAGUCAUAAUGCUGUCUCUGUUCGUGUCACUACUGAUUUACCAUUUAUGGUUUUAAUAAAGACGUUCCCUCUCCCUGUGAGAAGAUAA